AUGCCCUCCUACUUUGGCCAUUUUGUCUACCGGCAAUGGGUGCUCAAUGUUCCCAAACCCACUGCUUCAUUUGCUUCCAAAUACGCCAUCGUCACUGGCGGUAAUUCAGGGCUGGGAAAAGAAUCUGCCAAACACCUUGUUCGCCUCGGGGCUAGCAAAGUGAUCAUUGCCUGCCGUAACAAAUCUAAGGGCGAGCAAGCAAAGCUUGACAUCCUAUCUGCGUUGGGAUGCAGUGAAGGCGUGCUCGAAGUCUGGGAACUCGAUAUUGAGUCCGCCACCUCAGUCAAGGCGUUUGUCGACCGUGCCGAAAAGCUCCCCCGGUUAGACGUGUUGCUCAAUAAUGCUGGAGUCUCGACUGUGCACUACAGCCGUUCUUAUGGGACAGAGCAGGCUGUAGGUGUGAAUGUCAUUGGCACAAUGUUGCUUGCAAUUCAACUUGUUCCUAAGUUGAAGGAAACUGCAAAGGCAUUCGGGGGGCCGCCGCAUAUGACUUUUACAGAGUCGGCUUUGUAUAGGCUUGCAAAGUACCCUGAUAAUCCUGGCGACGACAUUUUUGCCUAUAUGGGUGACGAGAAGAAUGUGAUUAUGGCGAGUCAAAACCAAUAUCACAUUUCGAAGCUCAUGCUUAACUGGGCAAUCAUCAGACUAUCUUCGAUCGUUGAUCCGCUCAAAUCUCAAGAUCCAAACCCCAUUGUCAUCAACUCCGUCGAUCCAAUGUUCUGCAAAACUGGGAUCGCCAGGGAGCUUCCUUUUCAAAUCAAAUUGAUGUUCAAAGGGUUUGAAUUUGUCUUUGCUCGCCCAGCAGAGGAAGGAGCCAGAAGGAUAGUGACAGCUGCUUCUUCCGGAAGAGAGACACAUGGCCAAUAUCUACAGUCAGAUGGACAGCUAAUAUACGAAGAUAUAGUCACAAGCGAUGAGGGUGUCAAAAGAGGCAACUAUGUUUGGGAACUGCUAUGCAAAAAGCUGGAAAAGUUGCAACCUGGCAUCAUGGCCAACCUGCGCGCUGUUUAA